AUGACUCCGGUGACGGUCCCCGUUCACGACAUGGUCGCUUCCGUGGCAGAGAGCAUCGCCAACGAGCAGAAGGCCCCCUCCAUCGCCCCGUCCCUCACCUUCUCCGACGACUCAGAGGACCAGGACGAGCUGCCAAAGGCUCCCCCGCAAAAGUCCCGUCACCGUCGUGCCUCGACUAGGUUGAUUGCCCAGAAUGCUCGCGACAUCCAACGCAUCACCGGCGAGACGACGGCCGAGUUCGUCCAGCGCUGCUGCGGAGGCGGCUGCUGCCUGGGCGGCUCCACCAAGCGCCCCGGCAUCGUGGUCGAGCAGCCCGACAACGAGGCCUACCGAUCUCUCGGCCUCGCCAUCAACGAGAUCCCCCUCACCCUCACCAAGGUGCCCGACCUGCCCGAGUCCACCGUCUCGUUCAUCCCCAUAGCCCGUCCCGCAGUCGACUCCCUCUCCAUCCGCCCAGCCCAGGCCGCCCAGGCCGCCCAGGACUGUUCGCCAACCGACUCGGCCGUGUCCCUCGGCAGCGGGUCGCAGUCCCCCGUCUCCGAGACGGCGUCGGCAGCCGAUGAGGAGAAGACGGAGGGCGAGUCCGAGCACGACGACGACGACGGCAACAAGGAUGAGCCGACGAUGACGUCGAUGGCCAGCUGCUUCGUGCCCGUCGACACAGCCAUCCAGCCCCCGCGCUUCGUCCAGCCUCACCCGCCAUACCACGUGCACCCGGUCAGGAUCCACAACACGCGCGAGCUGACCAAGCCCGGGGCCGAGAAGCGCACGUACCACUUCGACCUAGACAUCACCGACUACCCCAACGAGGACGGGUCCGAUUUCGUGGUGGGCGGGGCGAUCGGCAUCAUGGCGCCCAACAGCGACGACGUGGUGGAAGACGUCCUGGACACGCUCAUGGUGCCGCGGUUCCAGCGCGACAAGCCGGUGCUCAUGCGGACGACCAAGGGCCGGUGGCCGACGGUGUGGGGCGACGAGAAGGCGCGGUCGCUGGUGACGACGCGCCGGGACCUGUUCCGGUGGACGGUGGACCUGCAGUCGUUCCCGCCGACCAAGGCCAUGCUGCGGCUGCUGGCGGAGCACGCGGCGGCCGACAACGAGCGCAAGAUCCUCGAGUACCUCUGCUCCGCCGAGGGCCAGGGCGUCUUCUGCGACUUCCGCACGGGCCCCCACGUGUCGGUGUCGCAGGUGCUGCACGCCUUCCCGAGCGCCCACCCGCCGCUGGGCGACCUCCUGUCGGUGCUCCCGCAGCUGAUGCCGCGCUUCUACUCGCUCUCCAACGACCCGCACGAGGCGUACGAGACGCACGACGACAAGCAGCACCGCCUGGUGCAGGUGGCCGUGACGGUGCACGAGACGCACGACUGGAAGAGCGGCAAGCGCACGGGCGUCGGCUCGGGCUUCUUCGAGCGCCAGGCCCACCGAUUCUUGGAGGAGACUCGGCUGGGCCGCACCCCGGACCUGUACGUCCCCAUGUUCAAGGGCCUGAUGGCCAACCCGCUGGCCAAGCAGUUCAAGGCCGACGGCCCCAUGCUCCUGAUCGGCGCGGGCGUGGGCAUCGCCCCCUUCCGGGGCUUCGUCCAGCGCCGCCUCAAGCAGGCCAACUGCGCCAACAAGGUCUGGGUCCUGCAGGGCAUCCGCGACUCGCUCGUCGACGAGAUCUACAGCGGCGAGUGGGGCGUGCAUGAGGACGAGGUCAAGCGCGUGGUGCAGAGCCGGCGCGGCGAAGGCCGCUACGUCCAGGAGGAGGUGCGACACCAGGCCGACCUGGUAUGGCAGAUCGUCAACUCCAUCGACGGCCGCAUCUUCGUCUGCGGCUCCAGCAGAGGCAUGGGCGAGGGCGUCGAGGAGGCCCUCGUCGACGUCGCCAUGGCAAAGGGGAACCUGCAGAGGGAGGAGGCCCGUAACUUUUGGGAUCUGAAGAAGGAGGCUGGCCAGUACAUUGCCGAGACGUGGUGA